UUUUUUUUUCUUCUUCUCUGUUUAUAUCCUACUUUUACCAUGGGGUCUGAUUCAGUUUAUACCCCUCCUCAUCAAGUCAAGGUGCUUGCUGCUACUUCUCAACUUAAGGGACUCAUGACCAUUAUUCGUUCUCAAUCCACUCCUCGUGCUGACUUUAUUUUCUAUGCUGAUCGUAUCAUUCGACUCCUUGUGGAAGAAGGUUUGAAUCAUUUACCUGUGAUUGAUAAGGUCGUCGAAACUCCUACUGGUGUUGACUAUCAAGGUUUGGCUUUCCAAGGUCGUAUCUGUGGCGUUUCCAUUAUGCGUGCUGGUGAAGCCAUGGAACAAGGUUUACGAGAAUGCUGCAGGAGUGUUCGUAUUGGUAAAAUCUUGAUUCAACGUGAUGAAGAAACUCACUUGCCCAAGCUCUUUUAUGCCAAGUUACCAAAUGAUAUUUCUUCUCGUUACUGUUUGCUUUUGGAUCCUAUGCUUGCUACUGGAGGAUCUGCCAUGAAAGCUGUGGAAGUAUUAUUAGAUAAUAAUGUCCCUGAAGAUCAUAUCAUCUUUUUGAAUUUGAUUGCUUCUCCUGAAGGGAUAGCAGCCUUUGUUGAAAAAUUCCCCAAGGUCAAGAUUGUCGUGGGUGAAAUCGAUUCUGGUUUGGAUAGUAACAAGUAUAUUGUACCUGGUUGUGGUGAUUUUGGCUGCCGUUAUUUUGGUACUAAUGAUUAGAUUGCCCACGUUCACAUACAUAACACAUACGCACGCAUAUCCAUUUCAAUCCGUUAGAAACAUCCAUCCUUUGAUAUUCUAGUGUCUUCUUUAUUUUUUUAUGUUGUAUCAUCUGUGUUUUAUCAAUAAACAAACUCAUCAUCAUUAGUGUCAUUA